CGCUCAUACAAGUGUUCAGCAAAAUGUGGCGUUGCUUUCGUGCUUCCAUCGUGAUACUUUUAAUCUCUGUAGUUUAUCGACAUGUUGGCAGUGAAGGAAGUCAACAGAAUGCAGCAAUCGAUUACAUGCAUCACUGUAAACCCACGGACACCUGUAAAUACAAGGACACGGCGUGUAUUAAGGGCAUAUGUCAAUGCAAAGCUGGACAUGUACUCGUCACCUUUAAAAAUCACCUAUUUUAGAUCGUCCAAAUCCAUAAUAUUGCCACAGUCGAGGAUCAUCCCUGGGUCAUUAAGAACGAGACUUGUCUUAACUCACCAACCGCCGACAGAACGUGUCGAUCCUCCUGUUACACCGGAUUCCUUGUCGACAUAUUUACUCCGCAUUAUGGACAAGGAAUUCAAGAAUUUAAAAAAUUGCACAAUCACAGAAGUCGAUUCUUUCGGAACCCUGGACUCGAGCAGUGACCCUCCCGCGUGGAAUACUGGCUUGAUGAGUAUCGUUGCAAAUAAUCAAACCGACGUUGCCAUGGCGGCAUUUACAAAUAAUGUGUCAAAAAUUGAACAAGAUGCAAUGCUAGGAAUUAUACGAUACUCCACACCUUUUGUGUCUAAUCCGUAUAAAGGAGCUGCUUUUUCCCUUGGUUUCCCCCCCUCGUCCAAGGCUGGGUCACAGUUUCAGGUCAUGAUAAACAAUCUCAAGAAUAAGCGAUACCUGGAAUCCUUUUUGAUUAAGUGGUUCAUAAACGGGACUUCAUUAUGGUCGAUAGAAAAGCAGAAAACUCCCUACACUCCGACGCAGAUUUGUCAAACGAUGUGAAAUUGACAACGUAACCAAAUAAUAUGUAAGUUUCACGUGAAAUUUUCCAUAUGAUGCUUUGUCAAUUUAUUAAGUUCUGUAUCAUCUUUCAAUUGCAAUUAAACCUUUAGCAGCUUUAACAAAAUAAAUAUGUAUGCAUGUAAAAGUUAUUUACAUGUCAGG